CCGAGCCGCCGGCGUCCGGUGCCCGCCGCGCCACCCGCGCCCUCUCAACCCAACGCGCUCAAUAUUUCCACAAGAUUACUAUUCCUCCUGUAAUAAUCUAAUUUUAUUGUCUUUCUGAAAGUAGUCAUGACAAUAAUGGAGAACAUUUCUUGCAAUAAAUGGCUUAAACUGGUGAAGUUGUACAAAAGUAAAUAUUAGAAGCAAUGGAGAAACCAAUACAAGCGAGAACUUUGAACAAGUCACCAUGCUGGAUAUGUUUAGUGCCGCCAUGGGGAUUCACAGACAGAGAAGAAGAAAAGUUGUACUCGGCAUACACACAGCGACAGCGGCAAAGAGCCGUGCCUCGGCUGUUGGCGACCGGCGCGCUGUUGCAGGCGUUUGCAGUGGUUGUGCCUGGAGAGCGAGACCUCUCGUUCGCUUACGCUUCAGUCGCAAUAGCACUGGUAGCGAACCUGAUCCUGGCAUCCGUGUACCUGUGCGUUCGGCCCGCGCGCACUCUCCUUAACCAUAUAGCAUGGUUGGUGCUCUGGGUCCAACUGUUGGUGAGUGCGUCUCGGCGACUGGGAGAUUCGUACAACGAGCUACUAGGGUGGGCUGUGGUGCUUCAGUAUUUCACCCUCGCUACUCUCCCGUUACAUCACGUGCUGCUCAUCUUAUACAGCACAAUAUCGUUUACUGGAUAUCUCCUGGUGCAAUACUAUAACGCUUCUACAUCUGAGAGCAGACUGGCUGACGACUUUUAUUUUCAACAAAUUGCAAAUGGCGCUUUGUUGCUCGGUGCAACGAUGUUGGGUGGUACUGCAUAUGCAAUAAGUGAAAAGCAACAGCGUAGUUCCUUUCAAGAAACGAAACGAAGCUUGCGCGACAAACUGACGAUUGAACAACAGAGUAAAGAACAGGAGAGACUGCUGCUGUCGGUGCUACCAGAACAUGUUGCCGUUCAGAUGCGGAAAGAACUGGGGCUGAUAGACACACAGUUCAAAAAAAUUUACAUGUCUCGUCAUGAAAAUGUCAGUAUUUUGUAUGCCGACAUCGUAGGCUUCACGGCUAUUUCUUCAACUUAUUCAGCGCAAGAUCUGGUCGCAAUAUUGAAUGAGUUGUUUGCUCGUUUUGAUCGACUUGCUGAGAAAUAUCAACAGCUUCGCAUUAAAAUUCUGGGGGACUGCUAUUAUUGUAUUAGUGGAGCGCCUGUUGAGCGUCCAGACCAUGCCGUGCUCUGUGUACACAUGGGACUGUCUAUGGUUAAAGCUAUCAAAUAUGUCCAGCAGACGACGAACUCCCCAGUGGACAUGCGCGUGGGUAUCCACACAGGUGCAGUUCUUGCGGGAGUGCUAGGUCAGAGACAGUGGCAAUUUGAUGUUUACUCUCGAGAUGUGGAACUUGCUAAUAAGAUGGAGAGCAGUGGAAUGGCGGGACGCGUACAUGUUUCUGAAGUAACUCUGAGUUUUCUCAACAACGAGUUCGAGGUGGAGCCCGCUCACGGAGAACGUCGAGAAGAAAUGCUUCGACAGGCUGGCAUCAAGACAUACUUCAUCGUCCGAGUUCUUAAACCAUUUCAAGGAGGCGAGGAGAAGAGUGCAGUGGAGGGCGAGGCCGCGGAGGGUGGCGACGCGGCCGACACGCUCUCCGACCUCCGAGACGAUGACGAGGACUCGGUACUGUCGCCACAAGACGAGAGCAAGGACAACGAAGAACAGAAAAUACUUAGCAUGUUGCAAGAAGAACUGGUGAAUAGAGACGACGACAAGGAACUAGCAGAUGGGACGACAUUGUGCCUGACGUUCAAAGCCUCGGGCGCGGAGGAUGUGUACGCACGGCGUACGGACCCCUGCCCGCUGGCGAUCGCCGCGCCGCCGCUGAUGCUGCUGCCUGCCGUGGUUGCGCUCGCCAGCUUUGCGGUGCCCCCGACCUGGUCACUGCACGCCGUCUACCUCGCCCUCGUGCUAGAAACCGGCCUAAUCAAUGUGGUUUAUUACACGUGCUACCGAUACUCCCAGUAUAAGAAAAAGACAGUGAGUCCCUAUUGGAAGCUGACUUGCGGAACGUUCAACAUCGCGAUGUUCGUGGCCGCGAACAUUGCGCCAUUGAUAAUUUGCGGCAAUUUCGAGACGAUGCUUCUUGAGGACGGGCUUCGAGACGAUGCGCCAGCGCACAGCGGCGCAAGGCGCUGCAUACAUCCUUCUUAUUACUACCAUGUGGGCGCGGGCGCGGCGUGCGGCGCGCUGUGGGUGUCGCCGCUGGGUGUGUGCGCGCGCAGCGUGCUGCUGGCGCUGGUGGCGGCCGUGCACGCGGUGCCCGCGCUGCUGCACCCCGCACUGCUGCUCUCGCGACCCAGCCUCGACCGCGACCCCUACCGCGUCCGCUUCAACGCUACUACUGAUUAUGAUGAAGAUCUGCUCGCUAUUCUGGCUCGCAUUCAUGGUGGACGUAACAUAAUAAUGCUGUUUUUCAUAGUGGUGGCGUUGCUUAUUUUCAACAGAUAUGUGGAGUCUCUGGAGCGCGCACGCCACUCGCGCGGGGAGCGCAUGCGGGCGCAGGCGGAGCAGGCGGGAGACCUGCGGCGCCGCAACCAGGCGCUCAUCCACAACGUGCUGCCGCCGCACGUGGCGCGUCACUUCAUGGGCGCGCGCCACCACCACCGCGACCUCUACAGCCAGAGCUAUGCCGAGGUCGGCGUGCUCUUCGCUUCCAUGCCCAACUUUUCAGAGUUCUACUCGGAAGAAACAGUUAAUAACCAAGGCCUAGAAUGUUUACGGUUUCUCAACGAAGUUAUAUCAGACUUCGAUUUGUUAUUGGAAGAUUCAAAAUUCAGUAAAGACAUAAUCAAAAUAAAAACGAUCAGCUCUACGUAUAUGGCUGCCUCAGGCCUAAACCCAACAAGACAAAUGCAGCCGUCAGACGGCGUAUUAGUUCGCUGGGCGCACCUGGCCUGUUUGGUCGAAUUCGCGCUGGAACUCCAGCGUGUUCUAGCUGCGAUCAACGAACAGUCCUUCAACCAUUUCGUGCUGCGCAUGGGCGUCAACCACGGACCCAUCACCGCCGGCGUCAUCGGCGCGCGCAAGCCGCACUACGACAUAUGGGGAAACACCGUCAACGUUGCUUCGCGAAUGGAAAGUACAGGCAAAGCGGGAUGUAUUCAGGUUACGGAAGAGACUUGCGAGAUUCUGCAGAGUUUCGGCUAUUACUUCGAACAGCGCGGGCUGGUUGCGGUCAAGGGCAAGGGCCAGCUCAUGACCUACUACCUGCAGGGCAAGCGCGACACGCCCACCGGCCCGACGGACAAACACACUGUGGAGCCGCCGGUGCCUGAGCCCGACGCGAGAGACGCACUGUUGUCCAAUGGUGCUGCCGAGGGCAGUGACCCGCCGCGCUCCGGCACCGGUGCUGAGCACCCUCUACUGCCAGCAUAAGCGCUGUCCUCGCAUUCCAUGUUACAAAACUAUAGACAAUUAAACAUAAUCACUACAUUACAUUCAUAGAUGAAAGAUUACUUUGUGCACGUUAGGCAACAAUGACAUAACUCCAAACAGAAUACACCACAAAGAUCGUGAUGUUGUCCACAUGUUGUUUAUCAACUUGCUAUUAAUUGCUCGGCACCAAUAAUUGGUCCUUUUGAGUUGUGUCAGUGUUGGGAUUCGUUGGAAUAUGUAGUUUUAUAAAUGUAUGUGAAUGCAUUCAUAUAGCGAGUGUUUCUAUUCAACAUGGUCAUAAACCAAGCACAUCAUAGCCACAGUUAUUCAGUAGUUUCAUAAUGAUUGGUAAAUCAGUACAAAGCGUUGUUUGUAGGUACUAUCUCUUUUUUGAAGUGUCCUUCUUGUCUUUGGUGUGCCGAUCAAAAGACAAAAUUGCUCGUAUGAUUGAUAAAGAAUCGUUGCAGAUGAGUUAAAAUACACAAAUAAAUUAUUAUAAGACUAUAUAUACUUUAAGUAAGGAAUGGAUUUUACAUUGUAUCAUUGAUUUCAAAAAAAAAAUCUAUAUCCGUUUAACGUGCAUUGAACUACAAAAACAGAAAUUAGCUGUUUAUUAUUUUUGUGUAAUAACAGGAGUAAAUAUUGAGUAUCUGCUCGUACUAAAAUUCUACGAAACUUUUCUUUGGAACCGAGAGCUUGAAUGUUACUACCGAGGCAUUUUAAUUGCUAGUUGCCCAUUAUCUUUUGGUUGAUAAUAAUGAGAAAGUGAGUGCUGUCUAAUGGUUGUUACGUAAGUUUAAUAUUAAUGUUGAUUAAGCCUGUGACAUUCAUGUCUAAUCGCAUUUAUCCAUAUCUAUAUAAUAUUGAAUAAUCCAUGUGUAACUGGAAAUAAAUUACCAUUCUUUUUACUUCCAACUAGAAUGAAAUAAUAAACAAUAGCUUAAGGUGUUGUUUAAGAGGUUUACUUUAAAAAGAUAUUAUGGUGUAAUGUGAUUUGAUCAGGUUGAUAUUUUUUAAUUUAAAAGGUAAAAGAUGCCCUAAGGUCUGGAGUAAUUGGUUCCACGAUCAAGCAAUAAGACAUCAUGUCUUGUUUGUUCAAUACGUAAUAAGAAGAGUAGCAAUAAUAAAUUAAAUUUUAAAUUAUAAUUCAGGGUAAUUAUUAUUAUCAAUCCCGAAAUCAUUAAAAUCUAGUAGUUACCUAAAAAGGCAAUACACUUUACUGAAAAUGUGUAUUUGUUAGGACGGAUUGGGGUUCACAAUAAAAUUACAUUUACGUUAUGAAUGAAAAAGGUAAUUGCAGUAAAGUCAUUAAAAUAUUAUCAUUUGUCACCUAACACAAUGAGUUAGAUUUUUAUUUUGUCCUGCUAGGAACAUUGCAGGUUUAACAAUGUGAUAUGCAUGUAACCUGACCUCACGUCGACACGCAGGUAGUGAAAAGUCCCAAUGUUAUAAAUUUUAGUUUGAAUAAUUGUUAACUCAAUGAACAGAAAUGAACCAGUUAAGCAAAUGGUAUCCUUUAUGUUAAAAUGUAGUCUAACUGGCUUUUAAGUCUAUUUAGCGCUUUAACACUGCGUAACUAAUUAUAUUCUAUUAGUGAUAUAUUUAAGAAUCAAGUGGUAUCAAUGAACACAGUUUACUAUACAUUCUCGAUAAUUAUCAUAUGACCUACCAUUAAUUAAAGAAAGGUUUCCACGAACAUAACGUUUUCCCACGAUAUAUCUGUGCCUAAUAUAGGUACAUAUUAAGUUUUAACUCUGUUCCAUUGCAUCAUUGUGUUGUAUGUAUUCCUUACAUAGCUUUAAUUAGUAGCACCAAGUUGGUUUUUUGGGUUUUACAUAUUUUUAUGAUAGAUGAAUAAGCGUAUUGCAAUAAUCAGAAACAAAUAAUGAUUCACAAUCAUACCUGCAUGAGCAAAUACGAGUUUCACAGUUAUGUAACACCGUUUUUGCAGUAAAUUUUAUAUAGUUGGUGUUGCCUCAUCUUUGAAUCUUUAUGUAUUUAAGUAGCUAUAUUGUGAUAUUGAUUGUUAGGAACUUAGGACGUUAGUAUCAGUGUCGCUUGAAUCUCAAAUAGACGAACGCGUCAGUUGCGGUAUGAAACCAAAUAAGAGUAGAUAUUGUGUACUACUUACGUAUUAGUAAUAAUAUAAUAAUGUAACAUCUUUACAACUGUGCUUUCAUGAUUCGCCUAGAGUAUCUUCUUAGCCUAAGUAUUAAUUGUGUACUUUUGUAUUAGAGUGUAAAUUAUCAACUAGGGCGUAAUUAAAUAGUUGUCUUCGCAGGACGUCAUCAUAUAGAUACAUAUUUAGAGUACAAUGUAGGUAUCUCAGUGGUGAUAUUAUUAUUGUAAUUCGUAUUUAGGUGUAUGUAGAAAGAUGAUUUUAUUUUCUUUCUCUAUAGUGAUAUUACCUACUUCCUGUGAUUUGUGACUAUUAAUAAUUUUAUACGUGUUCUAGCUCAAACUAAAUCUGGAGGUUGAACUUCUCUUGGCUAUAAUUUUAUUAAAUAA